GCUGAGUACUGUGGAAAUAUUACUCCAACACAAUGCAAGUAUGGGCGAUGUUUUAAAGAAUGGAAACAACGCAUUACUUGUAGCAGCUGGUAGAGGACACACUGAAUUAGUUUCCCUUCUGUUGGAUCAAAAAGCCGAUGUUAAUUCAGUUAAUCAAAUUGGGGAAAAUGCUUUUAUUAAAGCUGCUCUCAAGGGUCAAACCGAAACUGUUAAAUUUUUGUUAACAAAAGACUAUAAUAUUAACCAAAAGGAUAACACUAAUUACACAGCUUUAAUGUUAGCAUGUCAGGAAGGACAUUUAAGUACGGUUGAGUUAUUGCUGCAGCAUAAUGCACGCCUGUCUUAUGCAACUAAAGAAGGAAAUAACGCUUUGCUUCUUGCAGCUAGUGAAGGACAUACGGCAGUCGUUGAGCUUCUUUUAGAUCAAGAUGCUGACGUCAACUCAGUCAAUGCAUUUGGUGAGAAUGCUUUGAUGAAGGCUGUUACAAAUGGCCACACAAAAACAGCGAAAUUUCUACUACAAAAGGAAAUAAGUAUCCACCAAAAGGACACUAAUGGUUCUACAGCAUUUUUAUUAGCGUGUCGAAAUGGAGAUCUCAGUACAGUAGAACUAUUAAUUGAAUACAAUGCAUGCCUAACUGAUGUUUCUAAUGACGGUAUUAAUGCUUUACUGUUUGCUGCAUAUGGAGGUCAUACUGACAUAGUUAAACUUCUAUUAGAUCAUAAUGUCGAUAUAAAUUCAGUUCACAAAUUUGGUAGAAAUGCACUCAUGGUGGCUAUUUCAAUGGGAAAAACUGACACAAUUGAAUUUCUGUUGCAGAAAGGAAUUAAUAUACACCAUAAGGACAACAAAAAUCGCACAGCGUUGUUAUUGGCUUGUCAGAAAGGACUAAUCAAUACAGUGGAACUUUUACUUCAACACAAUGCAAGUCUCAAUGAUGUUUAUAAUCACGGCUAUAGCCUUUUGCUGGUCGCCGUUAAUUCGGGCCACACUGAGAUAGUUAAACUUCUUUUAGAAAGGAAUGCAGAUAUCAGCUCCGUGAAUAAACGGAAGAGAAAUGCACUAAUGGAAGCUGCUAUAAUGGGACAUGCUGAUACUGUUCAAUUUUUAUUAACAAAGAAUUUUGAUGUUAACCAAAAGGCAGAGAAUGGUAACACGGCAUUAUUGUUGGCCUGUAAGGCAGGGCGUCUAAAGACAGUAGAAAUAUUACUUGAGAACAACGCGAGUCUAAACGACGCCGACGAUGAAAACUACAACGCUUUGCUUUGGGCCAGUUGUCAAGGUCACACUGAGAUAGUUAAACUUCUAUUAGAAAGAGGUGCUGAUAUUACCUCCGUGAAUAAAUGGGGGGAAAAUGCUCUUUCGGGAGCCUCUUUUAUGGGACGUACAGAUACUGUUAAAUUUUUGUUAACAAAAGGUUUUAACAUAAAUCAAAAGAACGACAAUGGUUUCACAGCUUUAUUUUAUGCUUGUUUAAAUGGGCAUGUAAGUACUGUGGAAUUGUUACUGGAUUGUAAUGCUAGUGUUUUCGAUGUUGACACGGAAGGAUGUAACACUCUCAUUCGAGCUGCAGGGAUGGGCCAUACAGAGGUAGUAAAACUGCUUUUAAAUAAAAAUGCUGAUGCUAAUUUAGUUAGCAAUUCUGGAAGGAAUGCUCUCAUGGAAGCUGCUUUUAUGGGGCAUGCUGAAACAGUUCACUUGCUUGUGACGCAAUCUGUCCGUAUUGAACAAAGUUCUAGUAACGGUUCUUCAGUUUUGGAGUUAGCAUCUAAACAAAGUCAUCUACGUACGGUGGAAAUUUUACUGGAACAAAAUGAAAACCUUCGUGAUGUCGAUACUAGUUUCUUUAAUCAAGACUUGUUUUUUACUGUGACGAACAGGCCGUUAAAUUUUGUGAGUGACAGACUACAAUUAGAGCAGUUUCAACAUCUGGAUGUUUGUUUACUUCUGUCGUUACAUUUGUUACGUGCGGGAGAUAAAAAAGACAGUAGAUCAACGGUUUCAAGAUCUUCUUUUUUUACAAGGCUAUUCACAAAUUCCGGAGAAGUGAGAAAAGUUAAGCUAAAACUGAAGACGUUUGUGUCCUUAUACCUGGAACCAUCUAAAGACGAAGAGAUCAAAGCACACAUUUUUAAGGUCAUGGCAGAGUUCUUAAGUACAAGAGAAUUUAACUUUCUUGAGUUUGCUUUCUAUCAGAAAUAUUUUGAAAUACUGUACAAAGAUAUGGAGACCAGGUCCCCACAGGAAUGUGCUGUAGUUGGUGAUAUUCUCGCUGAUUUAAAGUACGCAGAUCUGACGAUAACUCCAAUGCGAGUGAACAAGCUGUUGUACUGUACUGCCCCUCACCUCAUCACCACGAUACUUCAAACGUUCAGACUUCUUACCGGCGCCAGUCGAAAAUUUGCUAAGAUAUCAUCUGAACUCGGUAUAGUUGAAUCACUGACAGAAAGACUACAUGAUUUUACUAAAGAUAACCAAGACAAGGUUUCACCGCUAUUUGUGAAAUUAUCUGUUGGUAUUUUAAUAAAUCUCUUGGUGUACGAAACGCUCGGUGCAAAUGAACUAAACCUGGAACUAUCUCAGUUUCUGAUUCAAGGUGAGCUGGAAAUAUGUUUGAGUGUAAAGCUGUUGAAUGUCCUCUGUAAAGGUCCAAGGAAUUCUCUCUUACCAAGCGGUGAGGAUAUAAAGCUAUUAAUACAGUGGAUGAAACAGGGACUACAGAACACCAACAGAUCUUUCAAUGGCUUUUAUUUGGCGACUUUAAUCCACUGUCUAAAAAAGAUUUGUCUACAAUCACAUCAAAUAUAUGAGAUUCUUGAAGCAGACCCGUUAGACUGUUUGUACAAAGCGCUGUGUUCUAGUGACCCAAUGGAACAGGAAGCUGCAGUACACUGUCUGCUAGCCAUCGCUGGGAAAGUUCCUGGAAAGUUCAAAAUCAGUGAGCACACAGAAAUUGUACAACGAUUGGAACUGAUGCAGAGCUCUGAAGACAAAACUGUACAGAGCAUUGUCAUCUCCACUCUAUGGCUGGUGAAAAGAGAGGCCAUUGACAUAAAAAACAAACAAAAGAUUCUGGCUCCUGACUUUCCUGCACAGUGGGAAAGGUCUGACUUUUUGGGACGCGGCAACUUUGGAUGUGCUUAUCUUUUGAAUGAAAUACCUAACCUACAACCUAAUAAGUUCAUUAUUAAAGAAAUAGAAUUUGACGAAGAUUGUUCAACAAAUUGUACAGACUGGUCUGUUAUGUUGAAAGCAGAACAUCACAGGCUGGUUAAGUUUUUUGGAUUCAUCAAAGAAGAUAAAAAGAUGUUGCUGUUCUUUGAAUACUUGCGUCUGGGUUCCUUGCGAAAAUAUGUCAAGGAAUGUUCUGGUUUGGCUGAAAGUAAAAUCAGAAUUUUUACAAAACAAAUAAUUGAAGGUAUCAAUUACUUGCAUCAGCUUAAACCUCCAAUCAUUCAUGGCGAUCUGAGAGGGGAUACCGUGCUGCUCGCCACUGAACACCGCGUUAAACUUACUGAGUUUGGUUUAACUCGAGGUUUAACCGGUGCAAGCAAAACUAAAACUGAUUUAGUCACCGUCAAGUGGAUGGCUCCGGAACUUUUAAAGGGGGAUUUAGAGACGCCAUUUGAUCAUAAAGUUGAUAUUUGGAGCCUUGCAUGCACUGUUGUAGAAAUGGCCACGAGUGAUCCCCCUUGGCCCAACCACAUGAGAGAACAGCACAUGUACCAACUGUUUCUGAAGAACCCGCCCGAGUACAGUCUCCCUACUCAAUCGAGUCGCGAGAUGCGCAAUUUCCUGGAGAAAUUGUUUCAGUACGACCCAAGCCUACGUCCGUCAGCUCUUCAGCUCUUCAGUGACCCGUUUGUGACGUCAUUGUGUCAGUCGGGGACGGAAACAUUGGCACAACACACAUCUGAGUCAUCAUUUUUAAUUUCUAAUUAGUUUUUUUUUGUUUAGUAAUAAUUAAACUAAUGUCCUUUACUUUGAUUUUAACCAAUAAAUAACGAC